CACUGUCUUCUCAUUGCUUUUUUUCUGACGAAUUCGAGAACCACAAUACUGCUGCAAUGGCGAUUCAUCAUCCUUGGUGGAUGCGCAAUAGAAAGAAAGUAGACAAGUACAUGAAGAAUGCGAAGAGCUUGUUAACGAGCCAGGAUCCAAACGACGUCGUAGGAGCUCUUAGCCACUUAAACUCCGCGCUUUCCCUAUCUCCUCGCCACGAACUCGCUCUUGAACUCAAAGCAAGAUCGCUUCUCUACCUUCGUCGCUUCAAAGACGUCGCUGAUUUGCUUCACGAUUACAUCCCCACUCUUGGAACCGAUAUUGAAGAUAUUAGCAGCCUCCUCGUCGCCGGUUCAUCGGAGCUCUCCUCUCUCAGGCUUCUUCCUCCGAAUCACUCACCGGGUCACGACGAGUUUAAGUGUUUCUCUUACUCCUGCUUGAAGAAGAAGGUCAUGACAGGGUUGCGUAAUAAUCCCGACGUAAAAGGGCAAUGGAGAUACAUGGUUCUGGGUCAAGCUUGUUACCACCUAGGUCUAAUGGAAGACGCAAUGAUCCUACUCCAAAACGGUAAACGCCUUGCCACGGCAGAGCUCCGCCGUGAAAGCAUCAGCUGGUCCGACGACAGCUUCGUCCUUUUCACCUCCGAAUCUCAUCCGCAACCAAUCACCGAAUCCGAGAUCGUAUCGCAAUUGCUCUCCCAAACCAAACUCCUCAUCCGUCGGCGCACGGCGGCGAUCGCGGCAUUCGACGCCGGUCUCUACUCUGAAUCCAUCCGCCACUUCUCUAAGAUCGUAGACAGCCGUCGCGGCGCACCGCAGAGCUUCCUCGCGGACUGCUUAAUCCGUCGUGCCUCAGCAUACAAAUCCGCCGGACGAAUCGCAGAUGCCAUUGCCGAUUGCAACAUAACCCUAGCCUUAGAUUCGUCGUGCCUCGAAGCCUUAGAAACCAGAGCCGAUUUGUUCCGAUCAAUACGGUGUUUCCCGGACUCGCUUCACGAUCUAGACCAUUUGAAACUUCUCUACAAUACAAUUUUACGUGACCGGGAUAUAACCAGUCCGGUUUGGAAACGGUACAAUGUCCGGUACAGAGAGAUCCCGGGGAAAUUGUGUGUAUUGACCUCUAAAUUCAAACAAACGAAGGAGAAAAUUACGAACCGAGAAACCAGUAACGUGGAUUAUUACUCUUUGAUGGGAGUCGAACUUGGGUGCUCGAGAUCGGAGCUGAACCGGGCUUAUGUGUUGUUGAAUCUAAGACAUAAACCGGAGAGAACAGUGGUCUUCAUUGACCGGUUUGAUAUAACCGACGAAGAAGAAUUAGCUUCGGUUAAGAACCGAGCUAGAUUGUCAACUUUGUUACUCUACAGAAUGAUCCAGAAGGGAUACCGCGCCGUAAUGAGUGACAUAGAAAUGGUAGAAGCGGCGGCAAUCGAAAAGCAAUCGGCUGAAACGCUGAUUGAUGGUAAUAAAGCAGCAAAGGCGGUUGUGAGGAAGAGUAGCAACAAUAUAAAUGUGGUUAAAGGAGUGUUUUGUAGAGAUAUGGCGGCGGUUGGGAGUUUGAUAGCCCGUGCCGGUUUAAGACAACCUAUUCCGGUUUAGUUGUAUGUCGUAGGAUUUUAGAGAUGUGUAUCUCUCUAUGUAUUCCUAUUAGAUUUUGACAUUCAUAUUGUAGUGAGAAUGAAACAUUAAAAAAUUGCAUAAACU